UUAGCAAACAAGCUUAACAAUCAAUGGCAGGCACCAGAGUUUUUGCUAUGGCUUUUGUUGUUCUAUUGGGCAUUGGAUUAGCCAAGGCUGGGCGGGUGUCGAGACUCUCUGAUGCUCAAGGGAGUGGAGGGGGCGGAGGUGGUGGAAUUGUGGACGGUAGUGGCUCCGGAUCCGGGAGCGGCACUGCAUCGAGCCGGGUCGUUCCAAAUGAUGGCCAUGCGACUGCCGGAGCUACCCAUGCGGUUGCCGGAGCCGGUGGCAGCGGUGGUGGCGCAAGCCAGUACCGUGGAUCCGGAAGUGGAGCCGGGUAUGGCUCCAGUGCCGCUUCUAGCGAGUCAAGUGGAGGAGCAUUCGUUGGUUUUCCUGGAUACUCUAGCGCUGAUGGUACCGGGGGCGGUGGUGGCGGAGGACAAGCCGGAAAUUACGAUGGAUCUAGUGGUCAUGGAGAGGGCAGGGGCACCGGCUCCGGUUCUAGCUCCGCCAUGUCUACCUAUUAUGGAAAAGAGGAUGCAAAUGCAAGUGUUAAGGGUAGUGGAGGUGGCAAAGGAGGCGGGGAAAAUGGUGGCAGCGGCAGUGGUGGCGGGAGCGGAUCCGGAAAUGCCGAAGCAAACCCUUAAGUUGCCUUUUUGACAUGGCCAAGUGUUUUAAGUUGUCGCAAUCAUUCAUGUUUUCCUU